GCCCGCGCCAGCGGCCGCCGCACCCAGCAGCGCCGGCGAGGACAGGGGCAGCCGCGGCGCGCCCGCCCCCCGCGCCGAUGUAAAUUAUUAAAAAGAAAAUGGCCCAACGGAACACUGCAUUUCCUUCUCUCGUCACUGAGGAAAGGUAUAAUAUAUGGAAAAUAUGCAUCUAAGGCGAGUUAGAACCAUGCCCCGACACAGCCAGUCCCUGACCAUGGCACCCUACUCAUCUGUAAGCCUCGUGGAACAACUGGAAGAUAGGAUCCUCUGUCACGAGAAGACAACCGCGGCCCUUGUGGAGCGCUUCCGGAUUAAGGACGACAUUGUUGGCAGUUUGCCGAAAAUGCAGAACAAAGGGGGCGGCGACCGCGUGGCCAGGCUCUUCUUGGAGGAGCACAUCAGAAACAUAACUGCCAUUGUGAAGCAGCUCAAUCGGGAUAUCGAGGUACUGCAGGAGCAGAUCCGGGCCCGGGACAACAUCAGCUAUGGAACGAAUUCCGCCUUAAAGACCUUGGAGAUGCGUCAGCUCUUGGGUUUAGGAGACCUGCGGGGAAGAGUGGCAAGAUGUGACGCCAGCAUAGCCAGACUCUCUGCAGAGCACAAAACAACUUACGAGGGGCUCCAGCCCUUGAACAAAGAACAGCAAGCUGCCAAACUUAUCUUGGAAACAAAAAUCAAAGAUGCAGAGGGACAGAUUUCUCAGCUUUUGAACAGAGUGGACUUGUCGAUAUCAGAGCAAAGCACCAAACUGAAGAUGUCCCACAGAGAUAGUAACCACCAGCUUCAACUUCUGGAUACAAAAUUUAAAGGUACGAUUGAGGAACUCAGUAAUGAGAUUUUAUCUGCACGGAAUUGGUUGCAACAGGAACAAGAACGGAUAGAGAAAGAACUUUUAUAGAAAAUUGAUCAGCUUUCCUUGGUCGUUAAGGAAAACAGUGGAGCCAGCGAAAGGGACAUGGAGAAGAAGCUCAGCCGGAUGUCAGCCAGACUUGACAAAAUAGAAGAAAGUCAGAAGAAGAAUAUGGAAGUGCAGAGAACAAAACAGGAAGAAGAGAAAGUGCAUGGGCGCAUCAGCAAGCUGGAGUUACAGAUGAAUGAGGACAUGAAGGAAAUGAAAGCAGAAGUUGAUGCUGGGUUUACGGCCAUCUACGAAAGCAUAGGAUCCCUCAGGCAAGUUCUUGAAGCCAAGAUGAAGUUGGACAAGGACCAGCUACAGAAGCAAAUCCAGCAGAUGCAGAAGCCAGAGGCCCCCAUGUGAGGGGAGCUGGGACAAGGACCUCAGAAGUGUUUUGCUGGUGGGACAAGAGCCAGGUGCCGCCGUGGCCAGGCGGUCACUGCCUUCAGAAGUUUUCUAUUCAUGGCAUGCAUGUGCCAAGCAAUGUGUUUUCAUGGGUCUAAAUGUUUAC